AUGAUGGCGGCCUACCAACCACAGCCAGGAGCUAUGCAUCCCGGCAUGGCGCCGCACCAGCAUCCCGGCAUGACACCUGGCCAGCCCAUGACGCCGGCGCAAAUGCAGCAGAUGGGCCAUCCAGGAGGAUCGGGCCCGGGGCAACCGCAUGUUUCGCAAGCUGGCGGUAUGAUGGGCAUGCAGCAGGGCGCCAACGGUAUGGGUGUACCGGGUGGCAUGGGCGGGCAGAUGGCUAUGCUCAACCAAAUGGGCGGACAGAGCAUGGCGGGUGGGAUGCCGAAUGCGCAAGCAUUCAGCCAGAUGACCCCGAUGCAACAGCAGCACCUGAUGCAGCAACAACAACACAUCAUGAACAAUCCUCAAGCCAUAAUGCAACAGCAACAGCAGAUGGCCAUGCGGAGACAGAUGGCGCAGCAGCAGAUGAUGCAACAGCAGCAGCAGCAAGGUGGAAUGCACGGUAUGAGCCAGCAGCAGCUCCAGCAGAUGCAGCAGAACAACCAGUCGAUGCAAGCGCAGGGCGUGCAACUUCCUCCGCAUCUGGCGCAGGCUCAGAUGGCUGCAAACGCGGCACGCCAGCAACAACAGCAGCAGCAGCAGCAACAACAAGCUCAGCAAGCCCAGAACCAGCAUAUGCAGCAGCUCGCGAUGCAGCAGGCAAGCUCGCAGCAAAGCAACCACGGUGGGCAGCCUACUGCACCAAGUCAGCCGUCUGGUCAACCGCAACAACCGCCACAAAUGCGUCCCCAGUCUCGUAUGGCCAAUCCGAAUGACCCCAGCCAAGUGCAAGGGCAGCAGACUCCACAGCCCGGUGGCCCAGGCCAGCAACAGCAGCAGAGCGCGCAGGGUCAACACCAGAAUCCGCAACAAGGCACCCCUCAGCAGGGUCAGCAACAGAUGACUCCUCAACAGCAGCAGCAGCAGCAGCAGGCUUUCUUGAUGAGGCAACGCCAAAUACAACACCAACAGCAGCAGCAGCAGGCACAAGCGCAUGCGCAAGCCCAAGCGCAGCAGCAACAACGUAUGGCGCAGUCGCAACAUACGCAACCUGCCGGCCUGUCCAUCCUGCGUUUGGUACAUUUGUGUGACGAGCUCAGCCAAUUCGAUGACGUAGCGGGCAAGGACAUCUCACAAUGGCAUCAGAUCAUUGACAAGCAUUUCGCCCCCGAGGGCCGGCUCGUCCACCGAUUCGACCCCAAAUCUGGCACUGGGAAGACCUUUGAGGUUCCUCGACCUACAAUUGCGAGGUACUUCCAGACGUAUUUCGAGUCUGGCGCGGACUCCGUGCGCAUCCACGCAGACCAUCCUCGCGAGACCAACAUGAACAAUCGGUUACACGUGGCGUAUCAGAGUUCCACCUUCGCUGUGGGAUACCCUACCGGAGCACGGCUAGAGAUGCGUGGCAGCAUGAACUUCCUCUUCGCCGCCGGUACCGACGCGAUAGAGUGCAUGGAGAUCAAGACGACGAAGUUCGAAGAGGUCAUCCCACGGUCCAAGAUUGAAGACCUUCUCAGCUCUUGGAGUCCGACAAUGGACACCACCUCCAAGUCACCCAAGAUGACGAAGAAGCCGCCCAAGUCACAACAAAAGGCUCCUUCCGGGCUCGACGGGCUGACCAUCGAGCACUUCCCCAAGACCCCCAAAGGUCCCAUGGGCGCGCCGAAACACGUACAGCAGUUCUUAGAGAUAGGCGAGACAAUGAACAUUAUGAACGACCUUGUCGGCUUCGCAGGGGACUCCAACCUCCGCCCUUCGCAAGCGCUCGAACAACUCGUCCGCACCUACGAGCAGACAAAUCUCCAACCUCAUCAACAACAACCACAGCACGACGGGAACCCGCAGAUCAACCUCCCGCCCAACGGCAUGACACCCGGCAGUCGCACGCCGAGCAUGGCGAACAUGUCCAUGCCUGGUGGCCAACAGCCGAAUCACUUCUCCUCGCCCGCCCUCUCCAACAUGUCCGGCCCUGUGAUGAACGGCUCCCCGCACAUCCCCCACAACCCCAACCUCACCGCCCCUCACAACAUGCCGCCGAAUUCGCACACCCCAUCCCCGCAUCAGAGCAACAUGGCCGCGCCCCCGAUGCUCCCGCAGCACUCGCAGCAAGGCACGAGCAGCUCCGCGGCGAGCGCGAACACGAGCCCGAACGUCGGCAACAAGCGCCGCAGGAGCACGGUGAAGAUGGAAGGGGACGAAGGCAGUGGUGAGGGCGGAGGGGCGCAUGGCGCGGGGAGGGUGAAGCCGAGUCCGCGGCUGGGGAAGAAGAACAAACCUGGUGGUGGGUGA